GGACACGACCUUCACCUUAUCCCGCCUUGUUGCUGCUAUAACCCAAUUAUUCUUCCAUGACAUCUAUAGGUACAGGGUAUGAUCUUUCGGCAAGUACAUACUCUCCAGAUGGACGCAUAUUCCAGGUAGAAUACGCAAACAAGGCAGUUGAGAACUCAGGAACUGCAAUUGGACUGCGCGUCAAGGACGGAGUCGUUCUAGCAGUCGAGAAGCUCGUACACUCAAAGCUUUUGGUUCCAGGAGUGAAUAGGCGCAUUCAAACAAUUGAUAGACAUAUUGGCUUAGCUACCGCUGGUUUGCUUGCUGAUGGGCGCCACAUCGCAAGAGUAGCGAGUGAAGAGGCACGCGGGUCGCGUGAAUAUCAUAAUGGACCCGUAUCGAUCGAGCCUAUCGCCAAACGUGUAGGGGGAUACGUUCAGGCGUACACUUUGUAUUCAUCUGUCCGUCCAUUCGGCAUCAGCACGAUCCUGGGGGGCGUUGACAAGAACGGCCCCGCUCUAUUCGUCGUAGAGCCAAGUGGUGUAUUCUACGGUUAUCAUGGUGCAGCAGUAGGCAAAGGCCGGCAAUUGGCGAAGACCGAACUAGAGAAGCUAAAGCUGUCGGAACUCUCUACAAGGGAAGCUGUCUUGGAAGCUGCCAGGAUCAUCUACCUCGUGCAUGAUGAUGCCAAGGAGAAGGAGUUCGAGUUGGAGAUGUCAUGGAUUGGGGAUGAGACUGGUGGUCGGCAUGUGCCUGUGCCUCAGGAUUUGUUCGAUGAAGCAGAUCGGAAAGCAAGGGAGGCACUAGAGACCUUCGAGUAGUCUGGUUGCGAUUGUAUUUGUAAAACAUCGUCGAUUUUGUCUGCAGCGGAAUGUCACUGUUAAGUUCGCCUACUGA